AUGUCUCAAAGGUGUUGCUGCGCUUUGGCACAGAGCAUCCAGCGGCUUUGGAUUUUUGCCUUGGCCUUGAUACCUCUAGGUGCUGUGAUGGGUGUCUCCACCUGGGGCUUUUUGCAGGAAGCUGCACUGGUCAUCUGUGUGCUGAUGCAGAUCCCAAUCUUUGGUGCAUACUUGGUGCACCGAAGGCUCACCAUCCGACACCCGGAGCUGUGGAGUGUGACAUUGGCAUUUCCCUGCGUGAAUACAGUGUGGUGGGUUCUGUCCUCGAUCCUACUGCCCAUUGGCUCCGAAGGAAGCCCUGCGUACAACAUGGCGGGGCAGAAUCUGAUGUUCAUCCAGUGUUGCGCCUGGCUGGGCCGAAGUAGCAUCACCUUUAUGUUGAGCUGGUUGGCCGCGGCCGCAGCGCAGCGCUGGGUGAAUCCCAAAAGUGGUUUUGCUUUGAAGGCUGCAGUGGGCUGCUACCUGCUGCUGACGCUGGCGGGGGGACUUCGCUUCUAUGCUCCUUCCUUCCUUGGAGCCUUUGACCCCUCGGGACCAGACACGUCUGACUUUUACGGCAUUAGCUGUCUGGCUUCGCUGCCAGACAUGUUCGCGACCACCAAAGACCGCUUGGAUGCUGGCGAUAGCAUCAUCAUCCACUCCGAGAGAAGCACCGACCCCUUUCUCGCGGACUCGAGCUAUCAAAGUCUUCUGCAGCAGCACUAUGCCAAAAACCAUACUGAGGCAUUGCUGGUGUUGUCCUUUGUAGAGAACGAGCAGUCAUGGUACAAGUUGCUGACCCGCCACGGGACGGUGAUGAGCUACGCCAAGAACCAUCCGGUGCCCUUUGUGGAGACCGACAUCCGUCCGGGCCAAGCUCCACCCGGCGUGGCGAAGUCGCUGCAGCUCUCGGGGGUUCAGCCCGUCUCAGUGACGGGCACGAUUUGCUUCGACACUGACUUCCCAUACUUGACACGGUCUCUGAGCUCAGCGGAUUUACUGUUGGAAAGCAGUGCCACGUGGAGCAACAUCGGUCAGCAGCAUCUGCGCGGCCAUCAGUAUGCUGCCGUGGAGAAUGGACAGACCCUGGUGAAGUGUACAUAUAACGGCUACACGGGAGCCAUCAGUCCACAUGGGGCCAUCGUGUACCAAGUGCCACAGACCACUGGUGUGGUAUCUUUCCAGCUACCACAAUAUCCCAAGUUGACGGUCUUCCCCAUGCUUUACAUGGUCUUCGAGGGUAUAGUAGGACUUGCUGCGUGCGUUUGGAUCUUGUUAGCCUGUUCGCCGCAGCUGAGCACUCGAUGGUUGGGUCGAUGCCACUUGCUCCCAGAACAACUUGGGGACGAGUGGGAGGUCCCACAAGAAGAACGACCCCGAAAUGCCACAUAAAUCGUAGCUGUGAUUACACAUUUUCAC